GUCCUAAUGAUCUCUGCCCAAGUAGCGAAAAUAAUUCCUCAUACGAUUAAGAUCCCCGCAGGCAGCAAAUGGGUGAAAUGCGCUGCUUCACCAGCUACAUUUAUAAGCUAUGGCAUAAAAUUAUCUGGCUCUGACGCCAUAGUAGAUCCAACAAGUUAUGAUGGUUCAACUUCCGCAUUAACAAACUUCAAAGCAACUGUUCAAGGAACUGGAAUUUAUACAUAUGUUAAAGAUGCACUAAAUGAAGUUUUGGAAGCUUCUUGUAGACAAGCCCCA